AUCGUCCCACCCAUCCUCCACCACAUCGCGAUCGGGAUGAAGACCGCCCCACCAAAACAGUGGGAACAGGCCGCCAACGCCUGUGUCGUGAUCCAUCCGCACUGGACGCGGAUGUACUGGGACGACGCGGCCGCUGAGAAGUUCAUCAAAGCUGAGCAUGCGUGGUUCUGGGAGACGUGGACGAAUUAUAGGUUUAAUAUACAGAAAGCGGAUUCGUUGCGGUAUUUGGUGCUGUAUACGUAUGGAGGGACGUAUCUGGAUAUGGAUUUAAUGUGUAGGCGGUCGUUGGAUCCUUUGAGGAAAGUCCAAUUCCUAGCCAACGCCGCCCACCCCGUCGGCGUCUCCAACGGCUUUAUCAUGGUGCCCCGCCACUCCCCCUUUAUUUCCACCCUCGUCACCAACCUUCCCACCUUCAACCACUACUUCCUCUCCCCCUACGCCAGCGUUAUGUUCAGCACCGGCUGCAUGUACAUCUCGGCCUUACACAACAUCUUCCCCGAACGAGAGACAUUGAAAGUUUUGGGCGGGCAACAGAAUAGGUUGAGCGGGAAGGUCGAGACGCCGCUUUUCCGGCAUUUGGGAGCGAGUUCGUGGCAUCAGGGGGAUGCGAAGCUGUUUGGGAAGCUGGGGAGGUGGAUCAAGAAGGUGCCGAUUUUU